GCUGUAUAAUCCGUUUUUUUUUUUUUAAUUUUUUUUUUUUUUUUUUAAUUUUUGGUUAGUGGCGGCGGUGCUGGGCCGGGGGAAGGAGGGGACACGGAGGCCGCCCUCGCCCCGCCACCCCUCACCCUUUUCCCCCCCGCCCCGGUUCCGGGAGAUGUGCCGGGCGGGGGGCCGGGGUUCGCGGAGCCGCAGGAGAGACGCGCAGGGCCGACCCCGGAGCGGCGCUGGACAGGCUGGUGGGCCAGGCCGUGGUGCCCACCUGCUGAUGCGGGGCAAGGCCCCCCGCACAGGACACUGAGAGCCCCGGACCCGCCCCUGGCCGCCGCCAUGGCCCGCCUGGCCGCUGUGCUGUGGAGUCUCUGCAUCACCGCCGUCCUGGUCACCUCGGCCACCCAAGGCCUGAGCCGGGCUGGGCUCCCGUUCGGGCUGAUGCGCCGGGAGCUGGCGUGCGAAGGCUAUCCCAUUGAGCUGCGGUGCCCAGGCAGCGACGUCAUCAUGGUGGAGAACGCCAACUAUGGGCGCACAGACGACAAGAUCUGUGACGCCGACCCUUUCCAGAUGGAGAACGUGCAGUGCUACCUGCCUGAUGCCUUCAAGAUCAUGUCACAGAGGUGUAACAACCGCACCCAGUGCGUGGUGGUUGCCGGCUCUGACGCCUUUCCCGACCCCUGUCCUGGGACCUACAAGUACCUGGAGGUGCAGUACGACUGUGUCCCCUACAAAGUGGAGCAGAAAGUCUUCGUGUGCCCAGGGACCCUGCAGAAGGUGUUGGAGCCCACCUCCACGCACGAGUCGGAACACCAGUCUGGCGCCUGGUGCAAGGACCCGCUGCAGGCGGGCGACCGUAUCUACGUCAUGCCCUGGAUCCCCUACCGCACGGACACGCUGACCGAGUACGCCUCGUGGGAGGACUACGUGGCCGCGCGCCACACCACCACCUACCGCCUGCCCAACCGCGUGGACGGCACGGGUUUCGUGGUCUACGAUGGCGCCGUCUUCUACAACAAGGAGCGCACGCGCAACAUCGUCAAGUACGACCUGCGCACGCGCAUCAAGAGUGGGGAGACGGUCAUCAACACCGCCAACUACCACGACACCUCGCCCUACCGCUGGGGGGGCAAGACCGACAUCGACCUAGCCGUGGACGAGAACGGGCUGUGGGUCAUUUACGCCACCGAGGGCAACAACGGGCGCCUGGUGGUGAGCCAGCUCAACCCCUACACGCUGCGUUUCGAGGGCACGUGGGAGACCGGCUACGACAAGCGCUCGGCGUCCAACGCCUUCAUGGUGUGCGGGGUCCUGUACGUGCUGCGCUCCGUGUACGUGGACGACGACAGCGAGGCGGCGGGCAACCGCGUGGACUACGCCUUCAACACCAACGCCAACCGCGAGGAGCCCGUGAGCCUGGCCUUCCCCAACCCCUACCAGUUCGUCUCCUCCGUGGACUACAACCCUCGCGACAACCAGCUUUACGUCUGGAACAACUAUUUUGUGGUGCGCUACAGCCUGGAGUUCGGGCCGCCCGACCCCAGUGCGGGCCCAGCCACUUCCCCACCUGUCAGCACGACCACCACAGCCCGACCCACACCCCUCACCAGCACGGCCUCGCCCGCAGCCACCACCCCGCUCCGCCGGGUGCCCCUCACCACACACCCUGUGGGUGCCAUCAACCAGCUGGGACCUGACCUGCCUCCAGCCACAGCCCCAGCUCCCAGCACCCGGCGGCCCCCAGCCCCCAACCUGCACGUGUCCCCAGAGCUCUUCUGUGAACCUAGAGAGGUGCGGCGGGUCCAGUGGCCGGCCACCCAGCAGGGCAUGCUGGUGGAGAGGCCCUGCCCCAAGGGGACCCGAGGAAUUGCCUCCUUCCAGUGUCUACCAGCCCUGGGGCUCUGGAACCCCCGGGGCCCUGACCUCAGCAACUGCACCUCCCCCUGGGUCAACCAGGUGGCCCAGAAGAUCAAGAGCGGGGAAAAUGCAGCCAACAUUGCCAGUGAGCUAGCCCGUCACACCCGAGGCUCCAUCUAUGCGGGUGACGUGUCCUCCUCCGUGAAGCUGAUGGAGCAGCUGCUGGAUAUUCUGGACGCCCAGCUGCAGGCCUUGCGGCCCAUCGAGCGCGAGUCAGCUGGCAAGAACUACAACAAGAUGCACAAGCGGGAGAGAACCUGCAAAGACUACAUCAAGGCUGUGGUAGAGACUGUGGACAACCUGCUGCGGCCAGAGGCUCUGGAAUCCUGGAAGGACAUGAACGCUACGGAGCAGGUGCACACAGCCACCAUGCUCUUGGAUGUCCUGGAGGAGGGUGCCUUCCUGCUGGCCGACAAUGUCAGGGAGCCCGCCCGCUUCCUGGCUGCCAAGCAGAAUGUGGUCCUGGAGGUGACAGUCCUCAACACCGAGGGCCAAGUGCAGGAGCUGGUGUUCCCCCAGGAGUACCCAAGCGAGAACUCCAUCCAGCUGUCCGCCAAUACCAUCAAGCAGAACAGCCGCAACGGUGUAGUCAAAGUCGUUUUCAUCCUCUACAACAACCUGGGUCUCUUCCUGUCCACCGAGAACGCCACAGUGAAGCUGGCAGGUGAAGCAGGUUCAGGUGGCCCAGGCGGCGCCUCCCUGGUGGUGAAUUCGCAGGUCAUCGCAGCGUCCAUCAACAAGGAGUCCAGUCGAGUCUUUCUCAUGGACCCUGUCAUCUUCACCGUGGCCCACCUGGAGGCCAAGAACCACUUCAAUGCUAACUGCUCCUUCUGGAACUACUCGGAGCGUUCCAUGCUGGGCUACUGGUCAACCCAGGGCUGCCGCCUGGUGGAGUCCAACAAGACCCACACCACGUGUGCCUGCAGCCACCUCACCAACUUCGCCGUGCUGAUGGCCCACCACGAGAUCUACCAGGGCCGCAUCAAUGAGCUGCUGUUGUCGGUCAUCACCUGGGUGGGCAUCGUGAUCUCCCUCGUCUGCCUGGCCAUCUGUAUCUCUACCUUCUGCUUCUUGCGGGGGCUGCAGACUGACCGCAACACCAUCCACAAGAACCUGUGCAUCAACCUCUUCCUGGCUGAGCUGCUCUUCCUGGUCGGGAUCGACAAGACUCAGUAUGAGAUCGCCUGCCCCAUCUUCGCUGGCUUGCUGCACUACUUCUUCCUGGCCGCCUUCUCCUGGCUGUGCCUGGAGGGUGUGCACCUCUAUCUGCUGCUGGUGGAAGUGUUUGAGAGCGAGUACUCCCGUACCAAGUACUACUACUUGGGGGGCUACUGCUUCCCGGCACUGGUGGUGGGCAUCGCGGCUGCCAUCGACUACCGCAGCUAUGGCACCGAGAAGGCCUGCUGGCUCCGAGUGGACAAUUAUUUCAUCUGGAGCUUCAUCGGGCCAGUCUCCUUUGUUAUCGUGGUGAACCUGGUGUUCCUCAUGGUGACCCUGCACAAGAUGAUCCGGAGCUCAUCUGUGCUCAAGCCCGACUCCAGUCGCCUCGACAACAUUAAAUCCUGGGCCCUGGGGGCCAUCGCGCUGCUCUUCCUGCUGGGUCUCACUUGGGCUUUCGGCCUGCUCUUCAUCAAUAAGGAGUCGGUGGUCAUGGCCUAUCUCUUCACCACUUUCAACGCCUUCCAGGGGGUCUUCAUCUUUGUCUUUCACUGCGCCUUACAGAAGAAGGUGCACAAGGAGUACAGCAAGUGCCUGCGUCACUCCUACUGCUGCAUCCGUUCCCCCCCCGGGGGCGCUCACGGCUCACUGAAGACCUCAGCCAUGCGGAGCAACACCCGCUACUACACAGGGACCCAGAGCCGAAUCCGGAGGAUGUGGAACGACACCGUGAGGAAACAGACGGAGUCCUCCUUCAUGGCAGGCGACAUCAACAGUACCCCCACCCUGAACAGAGGUACCAUGGGGAACCACCUGCUGACCAACCCCGUGCUACAGCCCCGUGGGGGCACCAGCCCCUACAACACCCUCAUUGCUGAGUCGGUGGGCUUCAAUCCCUCCUCGCCCCCUGUCUUCAACUCCCCAGGGAGCUACCGGGAACCCAAGCACCCUCUGGGAGGCCGGGAAGCCUGUGGCAUGGACACACUGCCCCUCAAUGGCAACUUCAACAACAGUUACUCCUUGCGAAGUGGGGAUUUCCCUCCAGGGGAUGGGGCCUCCGAGCCACCGCGAGGCCGGAACCUGGCCGACGCUGCCGCCUUCGAGAAGAUGAUCAUCUCAGAGCUGGUACACAACAACCUGCGGGGCGGCAGCAGCGGGGCCAAGGGCCCUCCACCACCCGAACCCCCCGUGCCACCUGUGCCAGGGGGCGGUGGCGAGGAAGAAGCAGGCGGGCCUGGGGGUGCUGACCGGGCAGAGAUCGAACUUCUCUACAAGGCCCUGGAGGAGCCGCUGCUGCUGCCCCGGGCCCAGUCGGUGCUGUACCAGAGCGAUCUGGAUGAGUCGGAGAGCUGCACUGCGGAGGAUGGGGCCACCAGCCGGCCCCUCUCCUCCCCUCCGGGCCGGGACUCCCUCUAUGCCAGCGGGGCCAACCUGCGGGACUCGCCCUCCUACCCGGACAGCAGCCCCGAGGGGCCCAGCGAGGCCCUCCCACCACCCCCGCCUGCGCCCCCCGGUCCCCCCGAAAUCUACUACACCUCGCGCCCACCGGCCCUGGUGGCCCGGAACCCCCUGCAGGGCUACUACCAGGUGCGGCGGCCCAGCCACGAGGGCUACCUGGCAGCCCCAGGCCUCGAGGGGCCAGGGCCCGACGGGGAUGGGCAGAUGCAGCUGGUCACCAGUCUCUGAGGGACCUCACGGACC